GACUAUCGUCCGUAAAUAGCAAAUGAGAUAUCGAUGGACAUGCUCUAGCUACCUUCAUCCCCGUUAGGUGUCGUUCUCUCUCCGCCUUUUUAAUAUUUACAAUUAAAGCCUCAGUACACAAAAUAAAUAAAUAAAUUAAUAAGGUGAUAAAGGAUCUCCUUGUCGUAAGUCCCUAUGUGGAGUAAUAAGGCACCGUGGUUGACCAUUUAGUAGAACCCGAUAUUGUACCGAUGAUAUACACUCCAUCAUUAAAGUAAUCCAAUGAAAAUCAAAGCCCAUCUUCUGUCUCAGAGCCUUGAUGAAAUCUCAUUCCACUCUAUUAUACACUUUACUCAUGUCCGUUUUAAUCGCCAUAUAUUUUCCUUGACAUGCCUUAUUAGUCCGUAAUCCAUGAAACAUUUCAUGAGCUAUAAAGAUAUUAUCCGAAAUCCACUGUCCUGGCACAAAAGCUGAUUGAGUUUCUGAUAUGAGGGCGGGUAGACAGAUUUUCAACCGCUGACAUAAAGCUUUUUUAUUAAUUCAUAUAUUUUCUACUGUAAAUAUAUUUAACCAAAUACAAAAUAUGGUUCUGCUUCAUAUUAAUUAAUUUAAAUAAUUAAAUUAAUAAUAAAAGAUACUAUUUUAUUUUAAUAACUUAUGUUAUUAAUAAUAAAAGUGUAAACUCUCUUACUAAUGUUAAAAUAUAAAUAUUUUAUUAAAUAAAAUUAUAAUAGUUAAUUUUUUAAUCAAAGUAAAUAUUCAAAAUUAUUAUAUCAUUAUAAAUGAAAUAAUACAUAUUUAACUACAUAAAAUCAAAUAAAAUCAAAUUACAUUUGGUGAUGAACCAUUGCAACCUUUUAUGUUAGAACAUCUCCAAUCCAACCUUUUUUUUUUUAAUAUUUUUUCUUUGAAAUAAAUGUUUUAUAUUAUAGAUGUGUAUUUGCUUCAAUGUAAGCUUAUACAAUAUUGUUUCUCUAUUAUAGAAAAAAAUGUAGAAGAAUACUUUUUUUACUCAAAAUAUUAUAAGAAAUUGUGGACAAUUGUGAAUCACAACUAGAAUAACAGCAUAAAAAAAUCACAACAACCACAAAUUUGUUAUAACAUUUGGUAAUGAGUCAUUGCAACUUUUUGUGGUAACCUUUGGAGCCACUAAAUUAGCGUUGGAAUGUUUGACUGUCAAACAUUGCAAUCAUUAGUCUUGUAUAUAAAAAAUUGUGGAGAAUUGUAAAUCACAACCAUAAUAACAGCACAAAAACAUCACAACAAUCACCAAAUGAUUAGGAAAGAAAAAGAUUCAUUUUUAAAAAAAAUUCAUCAAAGAUCUUUGUAAAAGACAAAUAAACAUGAAAAAAUUCAUUGGUUUAAAGAGGUUGUUAGAAUAUCUAAGAAUGCCUUUUUUAAUCUAAGAAGUGCAUAGAUUUUAAGAAAUUAUAUUUUCAUUUAUUUUCAUAUAUAAAUUUUCACACAUCUUUAAAUAAUUUUUUAAAUAUCUAAAAUAUCUAAAAAUAAUCUGAUAGUACUAUUUGUUAGGUAAUUUAAUUAUUUUUAUGAUAUUAUAUAUUUACAAAAUUAAAUAAAUCAAUAAAUAUAAUUUUAGGUUUCAUGCUGUUUCACUUUGGACAGUUAAACUCAAACUUUCACUUAAGUGUAAAACGGUUGAUGCCAAAAAUAUUUACCAUAUUGUAUAUACUUGUUAUCAGAAGGUAAUUUGAGUAAAAAAAAGACCAAAAUAUGUAUAUCUUCAAGCACACAUUCUUACAGCUAGAGACAUAAACAUUAAACAUAUUAAUAAUACUAAUCCAAGAAUAUUUAAAGAUGUUCCUUUUCUUCGUAAAAGUUGAAUUGGUUUCUAAGUGGUUGUCAAAAUGUCUAAGGAUGUUGUAAUGGAUAAACAUUAAAAAACUAAGGAUGUUUUAAUGCUGUAAAAGACACAAAAACUAAACAUAAUACCAUAAAGGAUUGAUUGGUCUCAUUCAAAUCGAUUUCAAUUUGUUUGAAAGGGUUCUCUGGCCAUAAAUUCUAUGUUGUAACUUAGUAGUAAUUUUUUUUUAUUUCAAAAUUUUUAAUAAUUUUUUGGGUCAUAAUCUAUUAAUAUAAUUUAUGUAUAAUUGAGAAAACUAUUAAACUAGCAGAAACCAUUGAACUAUAUAUUGCUGAUUACCUUUCUAUUUUGAAAAAUACAAAAGUAUUGAUUCAAGUUUAUACAAGAAACUUAAUCCUACAACAACUACAAUACUAAUCUCUAUGCACAAACAUAUGUGUUCACUGAUUACCUUUUAUUUUUACUGCUUUCCCAAUUUUAAUUUUAUUUAUAAGAUAUCAUAAAUGAUAAAAUUGACCAUCUUAUUUACUAUUUUGACCAAUUUUAUUUGAUUAAUAAGAUUUUCUAAAUAAUAAACUGGACCAUUUUUUAAUUUAUAAUAUUUCCUAAAUGAUAAAUUUGACCACUCUAAUUUUUGUUAAUAAGCAUCCUAUAUGAUAAAGUCGACCAAUUUUUGGAAAUAAAUUUAUAUUUGUACCAAAAUAUUAUUUUAAUUAAUUUAAAAAAAUUAUUACCAUGUUACGAAUUAUUCAAAUAUUUUGAGUUCAAUUACACUUUAGCUAUCUCUUUUAGUAAAUCGAUAACUUAAUUUAAAUAAUUUUGUCUAAAAAGAAAUACAUAAAAUUUUCAAUUAAGUUUCAUCAAACAUAAAAAUUUAUAUAUAUAAUUUCAUUUUGAAACUUAUCGAAACAAAGAUCAGAGUUAAUGAUAUUAUUUGAUUUAUAAUUUAUUAUUAAUUAAAACAUAACUAUUCCAAUAUAUUGACUAAAAGAAAUCAACUAUAAAGUAUAGGUUUACUUUAGCUGAAUAUAACAUAAAUUAAAAUGAGAUAACACACAUGUCAAUACAUGGAUUUUAUUUUUAUAGUUUCAAUAUUUUUUCCAUACCUAAAAUCUCUUUAAACAUUUUUUUCACUAUCCCAAUCAUUAAUUUUUUGCAUAAAAAUAGUCAAAGAAAAAUCAGAAAUAAAAUAAUUUUCUACUUAAAAUGGCAAGGUAGUAAAUAGUAUUUUUUUACCCAGGGUCUAUCUAUCUAUAUAUAUACAUAUGGAAUCUCUUUGUAAACCCCAAAAGUAAAGAAAGUAAUCUCUCUAUAUAAGAUUCUAGUUUUGAGAAGUGGUGAGAUAAAAGAUUACGUUCAUUUCGAAGGUGUGUGAAUAUACAUACUACACGUUCUAUCAUAUCUAAAUAAUUUUCUACAUUCUCUUAUUUACACAGGGUGGAGGAAGAAAGAUGGUGUGGUCUCGGAGGUCCGCUCAGGUGUCCUCGGGUGACGACGAAGAGAAAAUUGUACGGGAGACGAGGUCUCAGGGACAGAACUCAAGGAGACUUGAGGAAACAAUGGAGCGAAAGAGGAGGAACCGUAAGAUGGUGAGGCUGUACGAAGAGUCUGACGGCGACGAGGAAGAGAAGGAGAAAAAUGACGAGGAUGAGAAGGAAGGAGGAGAGAAGCUCCAUGGGGCGAAACCGGUUGGUGAGCCGGUUAAAGUUAGUGGUAAAGGCAAAGGGAGAAGAACCCAUUACAGGCAGUUCGAGCACGGCGGUAACAGAUACCAGCUGGAGGAUUCGGUGCUCUUGUAUCAAGAAGACAAUAGUCUAAAGCUUUAUGUUGCCAUUAUCAAGGAUAUUACCCAAAAAAAAGAUGGACGCAUGAUGAUUCUGGGACAGUGGUUUUAUCGUCGAGAAGAAGCAAAGAAAAAGGGUGGUGGAAACUGGGAAGCAAAUGAUACACGAGAACUGUUCUACAGUUUCCAUUUUGAUGAGGCCCCCGCAGAAUCUGUGAUGCAUAGAUGUGUGGUGUAUUUUAUCCCAGCUCAUAAGCAACUUCCGAAACGCAGAGAUAACCCUGGUUUUAUCGUGCGAAAGGUGUAUGAUACCGAUGAAAAGACGCUGUGGGAAUUGACUGAUAAGGUUUAUGAAGUUUCAAAACAACGUGAAAUUGACCUCCUUGUGGAAAAGUCAAUGUCGAGACUGGGUGAUCUUCCUGACCUUGAAACUGAGGAACAUGUAGAGAAGGCUAAAAGAUCUUCCCGGAAAGUAAACAUACCUCCUGCUGAUGUUAGAAAGGAGGAAGAUGAGUAUCAUUCUAUCCUACGCAAGUUUGAUUCACUUACAGGUGAUGCUCAUCGUAACAAAUGUUUGGCGAAGCUUCUGAAAGCAGUCCAAAACAUAUGCUCCAACGCUGGUGAUGAAAGAAAGUUGGGUUCAGCUGGAUCCCAUCUUGAACAGGCUGAAAGUGGAUCUCACGAUAAUCCGUUAAAGAAUGAGAGUUUUCUCUGGCCGAAUGAUGCUGUUCCUCGGGUUUGUGCUCUUGAGUUGGCUUUACAUGUAUCUCUUGCAUCGGAUUAUUCUAAAUACAAUCAAAGGAUUAGGGCGUUGGCAUUCAAUCUCAAGAACACUGCACUGCUGGCUAAACGACUGCUCAAUGGGGAGUUAGAACCUGCAAAGAUUUUGAAAAUGUCACCCACUGAGUUAAAGGAGGGUCUAACUGAUGAGGAAACAGAGAAGAACGAGCCUGAUGAUGCGGUACGGAUGCAGGUUUGUUCAUUUCUGACAGUCAGUUUUAUCCAGUUUCUUGGAUUUCAGUUCGAGAAUGUCUUUGACCAUGUCAUGUAUUGGCUUUGGAUGCAGAUGACCGAUGUACGAUGCUCGAGAUGCAGUGAUAUUAAAGUUGGCCUGAAGGAUAUCAUUCAAGCUGGGCGUGGAGAUCGCUAUCAGCUGGAGUGUAUUGCCUGUGGACAUUCAUGGUAUGCCUCAAGGGAUGAGGUAUCCACUCAGACUAAAGACACUGAACAACCUGCCCAAGGCACUAAGACUGCAGACGUUGAGAAGAAUUUAACCAGUCCUCAUGGAGCUGGGAAGAACGCAACAGAAGAAUCGUUGAAGACAACCAAUGACUUUAAUGCUGACAACAAUCCUGAAGCCACCAAGUAAAAAAAAGGAGAGAAUGUUUAGGGUUCAAAGCCUUCUACCUUAUGUUUAGACUUUGGGUAUUAAAUUGAACUUGGUUAAAAUUUAACAUUUGAUUAACAUUUUAGUUAUUUAAUCAAGGUAAAGCUUAUUUAUCAGUUAUCAAUGGAUUUUGAUUUCAUUACCAGUACAGCAGAAUUUGGAAUAUAUAUAUUAUUUUUAUUUAUUAUUAUUAUAUUAAAACUAAACUUCAGAAGUUUUGGCUCUUUCGAUUUUAGAAAAUUCCCAUUAUAGAGUUUGUACCUUUUGCGGAUUCGAGAUUUGGUAAUUCUGUGCUACUAUCUAAUCUCUCAGUACACAGAUAUAAUCAGUGUUUUUACUCUUCUACUUUUCAAUAAUAGUUUUAUCUUGUAAUGAGGAAAUCUGAAGCAUAGUUUCUUAGAUUCUGCCUACAAUUUAUUGGUUCAUGUUUGGUGUUUUGAAUAUACUUUAAACUUAAUUUAAAAAUAUUAUUAUUAUAAAAUUUAUUGAUUAUAUUAUUUUAUUAUAUUUUAUACAUUUUAUGAUAAAAAUGACAAAUGAUCUUUCAUAUUCUUCUCAGUUUAUUCAUAUAUAUAUAAAUUAUAAAAUUAUAAAAUAAUCUUUGCUAUUUAAAUUAUAAAAUUAUAAUAUGGUUUUAACAUACAUUGAUAUAAUUUCCACUAUUCAAACAUUUUCGAAGAUAAAAUUGUUUGUCACGUGUUGAUUAAGUGAGGUUUUUACUGUAUUAUGUGGUAAUUAAAUCGUAUUACGUGGUAAUUGACAGAAAAAAAAUCAUUUAUGCCAAACAAUUUUUUUUCGUGUAACUCAUUAGUUAGUUUUUCUCUUUAACGUUUUGUUCUAUGACUUUUUCAGCAAAGAACCUAAAACAGAGAAAACUAACUAAUGAAUUACAUGAGAAUGAAAUCGUUUUUUUUUUUUUUUUUUUUUUUCGUUGACAAAAAAAAAAAAAAAAAUCAACAUGUGAUAGACAGUUUAUCUUAGAUAAUGUUUGACUAGUAGAAGUUAGAUUGAUGCAUGUUAAAAACAGAUUUUGUAAGUUUAUGUAUUGAAUUUAAAUUUUGUACUAGUUGAUUUAUGUUUCGCACAAGUGAAGUUUUUAUGCAUUGAUCAGGAUCGUUGACCCCUAUUGAUGUAGAAAUUGAUCGAUUUCCUGUUAUCAGUUAACAACAACUCAUCUUUCGUAGCAUUUGACUAACAGAAAUUAAGUCAAUGUAUGUUAAACCACAAAUUUUGAAAAUUCAUGUAUAGAAAUUGAAUUUUUUUACUAGUUGAUGUAUAUUUUCGCACAUGUGAUGUGUUUAUGUACUGAUCGGGAACGGUUUCCCAUUGACGUAGGAAUUGGACGAUUUUCCUUAUAGAUGGCUUACUAUUUCUGAGAAUUGCAGCCCUUAUAGAUGACAAUUAUUUUACAUGGAUUCUAUGGUAUAUUCGGAAGGGACCCAGCGAAUAAAAAAAUGUGUGAACUAACAUUAAAUGCAUCAAAAUUAGGUAUUUUAAUAAAAGAAUUUAAAAUAAAAUCUUCUCUAUCUACAAUUCUAAUAUACAUAAAAUUUUAAUACUUUAACAAAAUACACAAUUUUAAAAUAAAUACAUAUUUAGAAAUUAAAAUAAUAAAAAUACAUAUAUUAAUGUGAUUAUAAACAUUAAAAUAAGCAAGAAAAUAAUUUAUGUUAAACUUUUAUACAUUUCGAAUUUAAUAAUAGUAUAAAUUGAAAACAAAAAUUAAUUUAAUUUAAAAUUAUAAAAAUGGAUUUACAGAACAAUUUAUCCCAAAAAGAAAAGAAAUGGGUCUACAAAAAAUAGGGUGAACUAGCUGGAUGAAUAUAAUGAGGAGAUAAAUUGGUGAAAAAAUUUAUUAAAAUAUUGGAAGGAUGUGACAAUUUUGUCCAAAAUUGGACAAUAUUCUUUUUACAUGCGCAUGAAAGUGGGUUAACACGCACCUCCAACAUAUUUUUACACAUAAUAUUUUCAUCCUACAUUUGUAUAAAAUAGAAUGUGUGGUGUUACAUAUUUGUAUGAAGUUGGCAUGUUGGCAAGGUGCAUGCAAUACAAGGAUGAGAAGAUUUACAACAUAUGUUAAACACUGCAAAAAGAUAUAUUACAGUAAUGUAGUGAAUAGAACACAAUAACCAUUACAUGACAAAAGAAAAACAAUAGAAAGAGGAGAAUGAAGAGGAAAACAAAGAAACAAAAAAAAAAGAAACAAAAAAUGACUACACGUUGUAAUAUACUAUACUAUGUCAAAAUAAAAUAGUAUAAUACAAUAUUUAUAAUAUCCUAUAAACGAUUUCAUGGUGGUUGUUAGAAAAAAACUUUGUACAUAUUACAAUAGUGCAUAUUACAAAUUGACACAUUAUUGCAUAGAAUAGUAUAAGCAAAAUGUAUAUAAGAAAAACAACAAAUGUGGUGGACUUUUCACUUUUCGUUUUUCUUUUUAUCAAAUCUCAUUUAAUUCAUCCAAUUUUCCUCUUUUCACAUAACCAUUAUUCUUUAAUUGAUCUACUUUUCCUCUUUUUAUCAAAUCUCGUUUCUCACCCCCAGCCUCAGGACUCUCUCUCGUUUUGUUUUAUUCUUUCAAAAAUCACAACUGCGAGUAAGCAUCACUAAUGGCACUUUUGUCUUUGUCUGAUAAUAUGUAUAUAUUCUAACACUUAACAGCAUAUGGUUAGAUAGUGAAACUUAAUUGUUUUUAGGUGUUAAACACAGCAAAUUUCCAAAAAAGGUUACUUAAGAAAAAAAUUGGACAAAAAAUGGUAUGACCCAAAAAUAUUUUUAAAAUUAUAAUAAAUAAAAAAAUGAAAAUGAAAAGAGUAUUAUAAAAGGGGGAAAUAAGAGGGGAUAGUGAAAAUAAAAUAUUAGUAAUUAGGAAAUUUUAGGAGAAACUACCUAAACUACAAUAUUUCUAAUACCAUUUUUCAUGUUUAUUUUAAUCAUAUUUAUUAUUAAUUUUAAAAAGGGAAAUAAACACUUAUAACCUUAGGGUGUUUCAAAAAAACCUAGGUUAGCUAAUUAAAACUUAGAGUUUAGAUUUGAGGGGUGCGGUUUUGGAGGGUAGAGUUUAGGCUUUUUAUAAUUUUUUUUUUGUCAGCAACUUAAACCGAUUCAUAUAGACUUUGCAAACCAAAAUGGUAACUCUGCAUCCAUAUGGAAAACAAACGACGGUUGCUUUCUUGCACUGCGUACGAAACUGUCCGUCCUUGAAUUAUGCGUCCAUGGUAUAUGAAUGAGCUCUGAGCUGUUGAAACUUCUCUUGAGGAUCUUUAUGUCUUCCAAAUAACUUGCAAAGGCUAACAAUUUUUUUUGUUCUGAAAUCAUCUUCACCGACUGAGAACAAUCCGUUGGAAAUGUAACACUAAACUGUCAUACAUUCCUCAUGCAUUUCAUUGCCUAAAUGAGAACAUCUAUCUCCGAGUGAAGUGGAGACUGACUCGCUCUUGUAUUCCUCACUUAAUAAAUAUAUAAAUAAAUACUUAAAAUUUAAAGUAAAAAUUAUAAAAUAGUUUCAAAAAUAAUUUUUUUAAUUUCAAAAAUAAAAUAUGAAAAACAGAAUUCCAAAAAAAAAAUCAAAAGAAAAACGUGAAUUGGUGCCAACACAUAAUUCAUUUUUGUUAUAUAUUAAAAAAUAAAAUAUUUUCAUUUUUUGUUAUAUAUUUUAAUAAUUAUUUAUAUUUAUAUCUAUAAUGAAAGGGUACAAUUGUCUUUUGACUCUUUAAUGAAUAAGGUAUUUGCGAAAAUAUCUCUUUAAUGAAGAUAAACGUGAAUUGUGGUACAAAAAUAAGGUAAACCUCAAAUUUUCCCAUAUUUUUUAUUACUUUCUAACUAGUUUAAAUAUGUGCCUUGCACAUAAUGAACAUUGUAAAUAUAUAUAUAUAAUUUUAUGUAGUAUAUGUUUUCUUACAUAUUAUGAAAUAAUAAAUAGAUAUUAUAUAAUUAAAAAAUUAGUAACUAUUACAUAUAUAAUUAAAUUGGUGCCAACACAGAAAUAAAUUUUAUUAAUCCAAACAAUCAGUUUUUAAUUGUAUAUGAAAUAUAAUCAAAUUUAAAUAAUAUUAACA